UAAAAACUACAAGGGUGAAAAUGAAAUCUAUGAAAAAAAGGAAAAACUUCACUCAUUGGAGUUUCAGUCGUGGAAGGAGGUGAAGAAACAGAAGAGUGAGUGAGGAGUGAGGAAUGAUUGCUUGCAGCAGCAGCAGGUCUCUCUUCUUCGGAGUUGAUUGCGCUCUCAAAUACGCGAAUCCAUUUCUGAAAUCGAAUCCACUUACUUACUUUGAGAGGAUUAGUGGCGUUGCGAAGGAGGAUGCUAGGAUGGAUAGGAACAAGAAGCUUAAAUCAGCAGGUGGUAUUCGCCAAUGCCAAUGGAGACCGGUCUCUGUCUCUAACAUUCAAGAAUCCACGGCCGAAAAUUCUGUUAAUGAGUUAGAAGAUGGAGAUCAUGUUCAAGAAACGAUAAAGGUUGCUCAAGUGGUGACUAAUAAUUGUGAUUCAACCAUCAGUGCUGGUGUGCUGAAUGAUACUGUCAAGCCCAUGCUUUCUGCUGAAAAGCAUUCACUUAUGCUUGAGGUGGGUGCCUCUCUUAUUCGAUUCAUCAAAGGAAAAGAAGGAUCCACUCAAAAAAAGAUUGAAGAAGAGAUGGGAGUUAAAAUUGUUUUUCCGUCAUCAAAGAAGGAAGAAUCUAUUGUCAUUGAAGGCAUUUCAACUGAUUGUGUGACAAGAGCUUCUAAAAAGAUACAAGCUAUUAUGGAUGAGGCGAUUGAAUCAAGUCUCGACUACUCUCACUUUAUAUCUCUUCCAUUGGCAAUAUACCCUGAAUUGACUGAUAAGCUAGUCAAUUUUCAGAAUUCCAUACUGGGAACUAAUGAUGUUUCUGCAGAUGAAAAUUUGGAAAGUGAUUCUAUUGAAGACACUUUGGACAUCAAAAAUAAGGGUCAGGAACUAAUUAAAGGACGUGAUGUAGCUGUUGAACUCAAAGUUGAAGAUGAAAAACAUGUUAAAGUGGAUUUAACUAGCAUUCCUUUUGUUAGUUAUCCUCCCAAACCACCAAGGUUGCCUAAUGCUUCUGACUUUGGAAUAGACAAAUCCAUAUUUAUUAAACCUACAACGUUUCACUUGACUGUACUCAUGUUGAAGUUAUGGAACAAGGAGCGAGUCAAUGCAGCUUCAGGUGUCCUAGAGAGUAUCUCAUCAAAAGUGAUUGAUGCCUUGGAUAAUAGACCUAUCUCCAUCAGGCUUAAAGGGCUGGAUACCAUGAGAGGGUCUUUGUCCAAAGCUCGUGUUCUCUAUGCUCCUGUUGAAGAAAUUGGGAGUGAGGGCCGACUUUUAAGUGCAUGUCAAGUUAUCAUCAAUGCAUUUGUUGAGGCUGGACUUGUUCUAGAGAAAGAUGCUAAGCAAAAGUUAAAGUUGCAUGCCACAGUGAUGAACGCAAGGCACAGGAAAGGGAAGAGACGAAGAAAGAAUGAUUCCUUUGACGCAAGGGCCAUUUUCAAGCAGUUUGGAUCAGAGGAUUGGGGGGAGUAUCUUAUCCGUGAAGCUCAUCUUUCACAACGCUUUGUGUUUGAUGAGAAUGGAUAUUACCAUUGCUGUGCUUCAAUACCUUUUCCUGGAAAAGAAGAACGCCAGCAGACUGAUUGAUGUAUAUAGCUAAAUUUCUAUCUGGGAGGAAAUGGUUAAAGUGUUAAUUGCUGAACAUUUUAAAAUUGUGGUUAUAACUAUGCAUUCAAAUCAAAUCAUCUAGUUGAACAA